AGGCGCUGGCGGUGCUCCCAGCAAAGAUGGAGGCGGCUGUGCUGCUGCAGCUCUGGGCUCUGGCAGCCCUGGCCCUGGGGGGCACCCAAACCGCCCCGGGGGGCACUCUGACCACCCUCCCCGACCACCGCAUCUCCCUUGAGACCGGAACCAUCUUUGUCCAUGAGCUGGAGCUGGAGCUGUUCCAGGCAGCCUUCCUCAGUGAGAGCGAGGAGGAGGAUGCAGCCCCCCCCAUCACCUUCCAUGCCCGUCUCCGGGAUCACCCCGACCUGCCCCGGUGGCUGCGCUGCGCCCAGCGUGGGCCUCACGGCUCAGCAUUCCUCUAUGGCAGCCCCACUGCUGCCGAGGUGGGCACACAUAUCAUUGAGGUGCUGGCAUCCAACCGGCUCACCUAUGAGACAGCAGCACAGCGGCUCAUCGUCUCCAUCACCCCCUCUCCAGAGGGGGUCCCGCCGUACCAGGGUGAGUUCCUGGUGGGGAACCUCAACGUGGAGGAGCUGCUGCCGGAGGCCGUGCAGGAGCAGUUUGUGCAGGCGGUGUCCACUGUAUGGGAGCACGACGACGUCCACAUCAUCAACAUCACCUCUGCUCUGGACAGGGGGGGCCGCAUCCCGCUGCCCAUCGAGGGGCGCAAGGAGGGGGUGUACGUGAAGGUGGGCUCCCACGCUGCCUUCUCCCCCUGCCUGGUGGCUGCCAGCUCUCCGCAGAGCCGCUUCCACUGCCACCUGGGCCAGCAGCCCCUCGCCAACUGCUACGACACCUUUGCGCCCCACUUCGCCAUCCGCUGGUGCAACCUCACCCUGCUGCAGGUGCUGCCCACCCCCACGGCACCGGGGCCGGUGUGGGGUCCCGGGGUGUUGGAGGGGAGCGGGGAUUUCCAGCCCCCCACCGCGUCCCCCCCCCAGGAUCUGCUGCCCUCCUUCCUGGUGACGCUGCUGGUGCCGCUGGCGGUGGCUGCGGUGCUCUGCGUGGUGCUGGGCCACCUCAUGUGCUGCCGUCGGGAGGGAGUGGCAAAGCGGGACUUGGAGACGUCUGACAUCCAACUGGUGCACCACACCACCAUCCACGGCGACACAGCGGAGCUGAGGAGUAUGGCCCGCAGCCGCGACGUCCCCCGGCCGCUCUCCACCCUCCCCAUGUUCAACGUGCGCACGGGGCAGCGCAUCAACCCCAUGGUGGGACCCCCCGAUGGGGCGCGGGACCCCCUGAUCCCACAGCAGCGGUAACGGGCAGUGUGGCCGUGCCCCCCCCACCCCACACCCCCCGGGAUGGGCUUCCUGCAAGUUCCUUCUGCAAGCUGUCGGGGGGGGGGUGUUGACUUUGCUGGUAAAAUUUGGCUGUUUGCAAUGAGA